UAUGUCGCUAGAACGCAGCUGUUAUGUGGCAUUUGACUCUGCAUUUCUUUAACGAGCAACGUAAAGAGUAGUUAUUGCUCUUCCUUGCUCAGCAGCGUGGCCAUGGAAGAAGAAUCCCUCAUCUCCCACCCCUUCUCCGUUCCCACCACCCUCUUCACCUCCGCGCUUCUUCUCCUCCUCCUCCUCCUCCUCAGCUUACUCUUCUUCUUCUUCAAGGCCCGGGCCAGUUCAAAGCCCAAGGCCCACUACCGUCUCCCGCCGAGCCCGAUGGGCCUUCCGGUCGUCGGCCACCUCCACCUGCUCCGUGCCCCCAUCCACCGCGCCCUCCACCGCCUCACGCUCCGGCACGGGCCCCUCAUCCACGUCCGCCUCGGCUCCACCCUCUGCGUCGCCGCCGCCACCGCCGACCUCGCCCGCGACCUCCUCAAGACCCACGACGCCGCCUUCUCCGAUCGCCCGCAGACCAUCGCAGCCCGCCACUUCGCCUACGACUCCGCCGCCUUCGCCUUCGCCCCCUACGGCCCCUACUACCGCUUCAUGCGCCGGCUCUGCAUGUUGGAGCUCCUCGGCUCCCGCACCGUCGACCAGCUCCGCCCCAUCCGCCACGCCGAGGUCGCGGCCCUUCUCCGCACCCUCCUCGAAAAAUCAAAGCGCCGCGAGCCGGUCAACCUCAGUUGGGAGGUGAUCAGGUUGACCAACAACGAGGUGACGAGGAUGGCGGCGAGCACCACCUCGUCGGCGGUGGGGGGCGAGGCGGAGGAGGCGAGGGAGCUGGUGAAACAGGUGGCGGAGCUCAUCGGCGCGUUCAACUUGGAGGACUACAUCGGCUUCUGCAGAGGGUGGGACCCGCAGGGCUUGAGCAAGAGGAUGAGAGAUGUGCACGCCAGGUUCGAUGGGUUACUAGAGCGGAUCAUCAAGGGAAAAGAAGAGGCGAGGAGGAGCAAGAAGAAGAAGAAUAGUAACAGGGAGGGAGGAGAAGAAGAUGAUGAUGGGGUGGUGAAGGAUGUGCUCGAUAUAUUGCUUGAUGUUGCUGAGGAUGAGAAAGCGGAGAUGAAGCUAAGCAGAGAGAACAUUAAAGGGUUUAUUAUGGACAUUUUUACCGCGGGAUCCGACUCAUCCGCUGCCUCGAUCGAAUGGGCGCUCGCGGAAAUACUCAACCACCCUCGCGUACUGCAGAAACUACGGCAAGAGAUCGAUCAGGUGGUUGGAAAUGGCCGGAUCGUCGACGAGACUGACCUCCCGAACCUCCCGUACCUCCAAGCAGCCGUCAAAGAAACCUUGCGCCUCCACCCACCGGCCCCCAUCAUCCAUCGCCAGGCGACGCGAGACGUCACGGUUGAAGGCUACGUCAUACCGGCCGGCACAGCACUCUUUGUCAAUGUAUGGUCUGUCGGUCGCGACCCAAAAUACUGGGAGGACCCGUCGGAGUUCCGACCGGAGAGGUUUGUUGAUGAUCGGGCGGUGGUCGACAUGAGGGGCCAGCAUUUUCAGCUGAUACCAUUUGGCAGCGGCAGGAGGGGGUGCCCAGGUAUGACACUUGCCCUACAGGCGGUGCCGGUGGCGGUCGCAGCUUUAAUGCAGUGCUUCGAUUGGGAAGUGAGUGGCGAGAGCUGCGGCAGCAACAGCGGCAGUGGGCGAGAAGAGAAGGGGACGUUGGUGGACAUGGAGGAGGGGAUUGGGUUGGUAAGCGCGCGAGCCCACCCGCUUAUUCUGGUCCCGGUGCCCCGCUUGGACCCGUUUCCAGAGAUCUAAGCAAGGUGGUUUAAAUAUAACAUUUAGUACAUGUUUAGUUUAUUUGUGUGUUUGGGAUGGUUGUAAUGAAUAAGUUAUAAGAUACGUUGCUAGUACAACGCACUUAUUAAUUAAGGUCAAUAAAUGGUAGUCGGGUGUUUGAUGAUUGGCUUAUGUAAUGUACAAUGAAUAGGUCUUUGUGUGUUCGAGAACAGGUGUUUUACUCUGUUUUAAAGCUUCCGGGAGAGGAAGCCCCAUACGACGAUUUCACCUCUUUGCCUAUCA